AUGGAUAUUGUGCUCGGAAUCCAGGUGGAAGACUCGGUCAUCAUUGCCACCUCCAAGGCGUUUACCCGUGGUAUCUCUGUGUUGAAGACCACGGACGACAAGACUAGAGUCUUGAAUGACCACAAUCUGAUGGCGUUCACUGGUGAAUCUGGUGAUACAGUCCAAUUUGCAGAGUUGAUGCAAGCAAAUAUACAGCUACAUGGAAUGAGAGAACAGGUGGAUCUCAGACCGAAAGCAAUUGCGAGUUUUGUAAGAGGUCAACUGGCCAAGUCGCUCAGAUCGAGGAAACCAUUCCAAGUCAACGUUUUGCUUGCCGGUUUUGACGAAACGACCAACCUACCAAAUUUGAGCAUGAUAGACUACCUGGGAACUAGAGUAGACUUGCCUUAUGCUGCCCACGGCUACGCCGCUUUCUACACGAUGUCGCUUCUGGAUCAUCAUUAUCGCUCAAACAUGAGUGUGGACGAUGGCCUCAGGAUUCUCAAAAUGUGCUCCAAAGAGCUUUCAACAAGAAUGCCAAUAGACUUCAAAGGAUUGUAUGUGAAGGUGGUUGAUGCCAAUGGGAUCAGAGAGGUUGAUUUUGAGUAA